CAAUUAUCGGCAGACCUAACCGAACCCUUCAUUUCGUGCGCUUUUUCUACUGUACUGUAUGGAGUCAUGGACACAGAGUGAUCCACAACCAUACAUUCCAUUGCCCUGCGAGCUUGUUACGCCUUCGGGGAAGCCAGUGGGGGUGGAGGCGGGGUGCAACGUUGUUUCGCUGCCCAUUACGAGUAGAACCUCCACUUGGAUAAGGUAACAAACGGAGCUCCAUAGCUCCAUCCAGUUGCUAGUUGCGUCAACUUGCAACUUGAUCUGUGAAUCUCGAACAAUACCUACCUAUUGAGAUCUCGCUUCCGUGGCUGUAGAAGUGGUAGCAGAAGAUACGAGUAUUCACUGCGAGACUGGGGGAACGAUGCCCAAACGAGAGCGAAUGGGCCAUGGUGAGAUUGAAAGCAAGCAGGUACAUGCAAUGUGGAAAUGGGCACAGUAUGGCAUAUGAAGAUCAAGCCUGAGAGAUACGGAAUUGGACUAGGGUUCCAGUUUACCACUUCGAACUCUCUUGUACUUGACUGUUCGCGAUUCAAGCUGCUUGCUCUUUUAUUCUCUCCUAACCUGUGGCUUGCUUUCUACUCAAGACCGUUUUGAGUUCCAGCGCUAGUAACGUCUUUUACUGCGACUCAUCCUCAUUGAUGAUGGUGUGGCUCAAAGCACCAGUGGUCUGUGAAGUUGCCACAGCAAUGGUCGUUCUUGCAACAUCGUCACGAACUUUCCGUUGGCAAUCCCACGGGUACCUAUGUGAUGGCAGUAAACCUGGCACAUGGUAGCUCUUACUAGCUCUGCGCUUCUCUGAUUUACAGUAUGUCGCAAAAUAUCCCGAAAGUUGAAGCAAGUGGUAUAGACAAAUAUCCACCACGAAAGGAUUAUAUCGACGAUCGCUCUAUCUUUAAAGAUCCUCAAGAAGUUCAUCACCAUGGGAAAAUGCGCUUGCGAACGAGGACUCUACUGCCAAUCUCUGCACGGUUGUGCCACGAUGUCCGCCUGAGCUUGUUGUACGCAGGAAAGAUCUGCCGUUUAGCAGUUGAAUAAUUCAAGCAAUUGCUCGCACAGUUAUAGGCAAGAGACUUUGCAGAUUGUCCAUAUUGCCAGAAUAGAAUGCAUGAUAUUGUGUGCACAUUGGUCAAGGUCCGGCCCUUGUAUGAUGAAGCUGGCGGAUAUACCCCGAUCUGAGAUUACGAGGUCGCGAUGCUUCCACUAGGAAGCACCAUCUUGGCUGUAGAAACUUCAUACAGGCACAAAGUCUGGCCAAAUGACCGAAGCUUGGAAUCAGCCCUGAGCAGGUGGCCGAGUCCGGAAUAACUAUCUUGCUCACCGGGCAGAAACCGUAUUGGACGCGCUAGCUGUAUGCCGCUUAAUGUCAACAAAAACAAGCUGUCUCAAAACUCCCGAAUAUUCGCUUCUUAUCGUACAAACUGUUUAUACACCAGCCAUAGAGCUACGUGUGGAUAUAUCUUUCACCUCGCAUCAACUUCAGGUCACAACUUUCACAUUUCAUGGCUUUCGGUGACGAGAUCAGUGAUUUCUCCAGUCUAUUCACCAGCUACACCAUGACACAGCAAUCUCAAGUGGAGGACAAUAGCAACCACAACAGUGCAACUCACAAUAGGAAUGCCUCGCAGAUGUCUAGUCAAGGCCUUUCAAUGGAUUCGACUUCCGAUUUUGUGCAACCUGCAGUCAGUUCUGACACCAGACCACUACAAAUUCGCAAAGCUUCUGGACAACUACGCGUCGCCCGCAGCCACCACCAGCUGAACAUGAACGAUCGAAACCACGGUAUCUCUAUUAGUGCUGCUUACCCGCCUCGUCGAUCAUCCAUUCGAAACAUUAACGACGUGAACGCGUCUCCGUCCUCUCGUUAUCGCGAGCAGGGACACCAGCGCCAACACAGCGAAACUCCAUCUGCAUAUCGAUCAACCAUCUCAAGCAAAGGAGAUCUCUUGUCCGAUACUUCGUUUGACGCGUCGAGUCCCUCCAUGACGACCUCUAAUAGUACUCGAUCGACCGGCUCAAGCAAUCACGCGCAUUACCUCUCCGACUCAUCGGACAUCAUAGGUAAUUUUGUUCCCGUUGGUGGUAACAAGAUGCCUAGCCAGCAUGCUUCUUCAUCAUCGAGUGGUAGAAAGGUUUCUAUGGCUGAGCAUGCAAGACCAAGGUCGCCCAGCAGAAUUCCACGUCCUACGAACCCUUAUGAGUUCGAGCCAGACACACCAUAUGCUGGUCAAGAACAGCGUCAAACCCAGUUCUCGGACUUCAUUGAGCAUCCCGGCCGUGAAUUUAGCCCACCUCCUCGUGCAGAACAUCGACACAAGAAAAAUGCUCGGUCCGAUGAACAAACAUCGUACAUUACCCGAGAUGAUGAUCACUUGCUACCACCAAAGCGAAGCUAUGCCACCCUUCAGCGUAGCGAGUCCUCUCCAAGUCUGAUUCAGGUUCGAUUUGACGCACCCAUAGAGAGAGUCACUAGUCCUGAUAUCUCUGCCUACUAUACGGACGAGUUCACCCAUUCCGCUCUGCCAUACCGUGGUCGCUCACCCUCUCCGUCCCGAUCCGACCUCAAGUACGAAUACUUCGUCAAAACUCCAACCUACCACGACAUUUCUCAAAGCUUCUCAACUCGGUCCCGCUCCCGCUCUCCUGUUCGCCGCAAGAGUAAUGACUCUGCACCGCCCUCCGUCCACGGACGCCACUCCGGCAAGACUCCAGUCAAGGCACUCGAUGAUGUUGCUGAACGUGAUGAGAAUCGUGAAUCCGAUAUGUUCCGAGAAAUUCCAACUCCAAGACAUCCCAAGAAGCGAUCCCGAUCACCAAUGAAGAAGAUGUUCGGUGAGAACGGUUGGCUAGGAAAGUCUCCCGACGAGAUCCAAGAUGUGAAACUCCAAGUCAAGAAGGCCGCUACCAUGCAAAAAGACAAGCCAACUAUGAUGGGCAAGCUUAGGAACAAAUUGGGCGAGUUUGCUGAAAAGGCGGAUCUCAGUCCAGGCAGAGCUGCACGAUCCAGCAACGACAAACACCCUAAGAUCUCGAUUUUAUCUGUCUCUCUUGGACCACCAGAGCAGGCUAGACUACUCAUGGAGGUUGAACUUAUGGUUGUCCACACCGCGAAUACCUUCCUCAUGAACCAGUUCAGCCAGGGUCGCAUGGCUGUUGACUCGAUCAAGAAGACGGUAGAUGCCUGGAAAGCGAAGGGAAGACAUGUCGUUAUCGAAUUCCAGUACGACCAAGUAACUCAACGUGAUCUGGUUGCAGCUAAUCAGCACAACUUCCGGUUCUACGGCGAGCGAGCUGGUAAUGAUGUCCGCAUCAACUCCAUGCUCUACAACUGGAAGCAGGUUGCAAGCAUGAUGGCUAUCCGCACAUUCUGUGAUGCUGAUACAGUCAUACUGAAGCUUUUAUUUGAUAUUGAGCAGAUCCUUGAACUUCUUGGUGGUACUGAGGCCAUCAUGCUCAGACUUCAGCAGAUCCGAGCAACCGCCAACGAGAUGAUGAGACUGGCCAGGCAAAGAAAGCGAGCCCAAACUAACCUACAAGGUCCACCAGAUGCUGCUGGAAGUGCUACACCUGGUAGAGCAGCAACAUGGCUUGGCCAGUCAACGAAUAUAGGUUCUUCGCGUGGGCCUUCGGUCGACACUGUCCCUUAUGGUGGUAUGAAGCUCGUCCCAGAGUCCUACAACGAGGGUGACUAGACUCUCAUACGAUAUAAAAAGCAGCCUGCUUUUCGACAUUGGCGUCCUCUUACUCUUCUUAUGUUAUGGUUUCUUUCAUCAUCUCCAAGGCGAUAGACAGAGACUUGUACUCAGCCUCUUACCGGGAGAAGACGUCGAGUGUUUCCAAUAGUCUCUCAUGCUCCCCUCGAUAAUUGCCCGAUUUUUUCUCUUUUUGUUUUCAUUUGGUUUACCCUGAUGCUACCCAUGGGUAAGAGCUCGUACGUAUCUGUGCGCUACUAAGUCAUAUCAAAAAGCUGCUAAAUUCUGGCACUUAAUAUCCGGCACUUACGCGGCAUUUGAUUUGGUGGUGAGAUUUUGUUGUUGCCUCACUUCUAGUACUGCAGAAUGGGAAACCACGACAUUAGAGGCACAUUGAAGACGCAGGAUGACCGCUAUGCGCUUGUCUCGCAGCUGUCGUUGAUGUAGCAAUAGAUCCAACAACAGAUAAUACCUCAACUUCGUUCUUCUGUGAUUCAAGUCAGGCCAAGGAAAUCCAGGUUUAUGGAAAGUAAGGAUUUCUAGCUAGAGUACCCUUUAGACAUUACAGCAUGUUGAAUCUAGC